GGAAGUUUUAUUAUUGUUCUGGAAAGAGGAACACGGGCGUCCAGAAACGUUGUACAGCACAUUCUUGUUGUUUAUUUUUCGUUGUAACAUACGGCCCUUUAUUUUCACACAUAAAUCGUUGGUAAAAAUACUCAAAGGGUCGACUGAAACGCUAGCAGCCGCGAUGGCGUCGCCGCUGGAGAUGACAGAGAUGUACGACAACGCUCUGCUGGGAAUCCUGCAACACGUUGGAAACAUCCAGGACUUCCUUCAGGUCUAUUUUGGAUUCUUGUACCGUAAAACGGACUUUUAUCGCUUCCUGUCGAGUCCCAGCGACAAGAUGGGCUUCCCCCCUGGCGUGGCCGAGAAGAUGGUGCUCAAGACAUUUAAGCUGUUUGAGAAGCUGGCAGAGCAUGACAGAGAGAGACAGCUGAGCGAGAUGCAGAAGAGAGUGGAGAGUAGAUGUGUUCCUCCAGCAACUCAGGAGCUGGAGGUCGCCUGUCAGCCUCACGAGGAGGCAGAGGAGCAGGGCACAGAGGCAGCGCAGAUGGAGAGCUCCCCGCUGGAUGCCGGGCAUGUUGCAGCCCCUGCAGCCUCAGAAGCGACCGCCAGGCCUCAGCCCGAGGGCAGCAGCGGCGGCGCUCCAGGGCCGUUAGCUCAAGGAGAUCAGGGCGCUUCAGCCAGCACAAACUCAGCAGAGGAGGGUCAGGAGAGAUUUCAGUGUGAUCCCGACAGUUACAACGGGGCAGUGAGGGAAAACUACAGCUGGUCUCAGGACUACACUGAUGUGGAGGUUCGUGUGCUUGUGCCCAAGACUGUUGUGAAGGGCAGACAGGUCAGUGUUAGUCUGCAGACCAGCAGCAUCCGAGUUUGUGUGAGGGACGGAGCCAAGGAGGAAACACUGAUGGAGGGAGAAUUCACCCACAAGAUCAACACUGAAAACUCUCUGUGGAGCCUGGAACCUGGCAGCUGUGUGGUCCUGUCACUCAACAAGACCUCAGAGGUUUGGUGGAACGCAGUGCUGAAAGGAGAGACGGAGAUCGACAUCAACCAAAUUAACCGCGAACGCUCCAUGGCGUCAGUUGAUGACGAGGAGCACGCAGUUUUGGACAGACUCACGUUUGACUACCAUCAGAAACUGCAGGGCAAGCCGCAGAGUCAUGAAAUGAAAGUGCACGACAUGCUGAAGAAGGGCUGGGAUGCUGAAGGCUCGCCCUUCAAAGGGCAGCAGUUCGACCCCUCCAUGUUUGACAUCCCACCCAGUGCGGUACAGUUCUGAGACACAGCCACAGCUAAGCCAAGUAUGAACUGGAUUCUAGUUUAUUUAUAGAACUGCUUGCAAGACAUUUACCUGCUGCUCUGCUGUGUUGGACGUCUGUCCUUAACUGUAAGAGCAGAACUGAAGCCGCUUGUUCUGACGAGGACUUGUAAUUAUACAAAACCUGAUAAAAAUGUGUACUUUGUUCACUCCA